AUGCUUAUUGUGUUCUUUCUUAACUCCGCAGACAAGAUGAUGGCCAAGCAGGUUUUCACUUUCUCACCACCGACCAAGCCCGUCGAAGGCGAAGCGGUAGUGGAGACGCUACUCCUUCAGCCUUUCGCCAAGCCACCACAGGUCACCUUCGAAAAUGUCGUUGCAAAUCGCGACGCCGUACGCCAGCUGCGCAUCUUGAACACAACCAACGCUGAGCAGCGUGUAAUGCUGGGCGUUCCACGUGGCAAAGGUUUCACCUCCGACACCGAGGCAUUCACGGUGCAUCCCGGACAGUCGCAAAUGGUCACCUUCACCUGGAAACCAGACGAGAAGGCCACAGCUGCCCGAGUGGCCGUCUCGGUGUCCACGGACAAAGGGGUCAGGAGCCAGUUUGUCCUGCUCGGGACAGUCCGACAGGAGGCUCAUCUGCGAAUCAACAAGAAAGGAGUACCACGGUCGAGUAUACUCACAACUUCUCAAAAGCCUAACCAGACCCCUGGGCUUGCCAAAAAGGAUAUGCCCAAAAAAGUAGCACCAAACGCAGCGCAGCCCACCAGGAAGCCUACUGGUCCCCCAAGGAUCACUGUCCCAGUAGAAUUCAAGACGCGUCCGAAGAAGCGCACCGGUUGUGAGAACACACGCAACGCAACCACUCAGCCGACUGCACCCGUCAGGCAGGCUUCCUCGAGCUCAUCUGCAUGUGGCGCCCGCCCGAAAGCCAACAGCCAGCGCUAUUGCCCACCUCGUCGAACCGCUCAAAACAAACCCACAAGCAACGCUUGUCCCAGGAACCGUGCUGCUCAGGCUGGAGUUUCUCUCGCGUCAGAUCCCGCUCCUAAACCUGAGGAAGAGAAACCUCCAACUGAGGCCGUUUCAUCAGAAGGAAUCAGAAGAGAAACGUUCAGUGGUGGCUUCGAUAUUCUGGAAACCAUGAGCCCCUCGUCUGAGGGCAGCCACAGUCGCGUCGAGGCCGUCCAAGCUCAGCAGCCCUUGCCAACCGCCGGAGCCCUCGUUGACAGGUUUCUUCCAAAUGAAUCUGGUGACUCAAAGAUUCAAGGAGAUAUGCCUUGCAUAGGAGCCAAUUCGCAUCUUCAGGUGACUGUCAAUGCUACGUUUGAGGACAGCUUGGAGCCUCGAAGUGCGGCAUUUGAAGAUAGCUUGAAGGUCGAGGCCAAGGAUUCGGCUAAUUUGAACGAUGCAAUUUGUAUCGUUGAAGAAAGCGGCCUUGCGCAGAAUGACACCUUUGAAUUGGAUCUGAGUGCACGCAUGGAAAUGCUGUACCAGCAGAUAAUAGAGAAACAACACUCCAGUGGCGCUCGGGAAAACACGGCCGAUUCCGCCGGGCAAGAGCAGUUGGACACGAGUGCUUACUUAUUGUCACUCUACAACGAGUUGUGCGAGUCAAAAUCCAAGGCUCUCCUGUGCAGUCCGUCGCUGGUGGACAAAGCGUUUCCUGAAGCGAUGCUACAGGAACGCCGCUGUUCGUCGCCGAAAUUGCCGGAAAAUUCGGGCCAGGACAACUCUCUGGAAGACCUCAUUCAACGGCUCGAGCUCGACGCGUGUGACAAUCCGCUGCGGAGAGUGACCCAGACUCGCAAUGAGGGUGCAUCAUUUGAUGAGCACGCUUGCAUUGAAGACUCUCUUUCUGCGGACUUGAGCGGCAUCCUGGGUAAGCCAGGAAAUGCAUCCUGAAGUAUCUGCGUCAACGACGAUUGGCAGUGCCGCUCUUCAGUGCAUGUCACAUAGUCAAGCCUUUUCCCGUCAUCUUUGAGUGCACUUUAUUUUAAUGCUAAAUAAACAUACUGUAGCUUUUGUACAAAGGGCUUGAUAUGUCAGCAUGAAGCGUUGCAUAUUGUCUGUUUUAUAUAUUUUAUACUUUUAUGCUAUGUACAGGAUUGUGUUUAUUACCCGAAUAAAAUUAACUAGAAUGGUUA